AUGUCUAAUCCAGUUGUUAUCAUAGGUACGGGUCUAGCAGGUCUAGCUACUGCUAACCAAUUAGUAAAGACGCAUAAUGUCCCAAUUGUUCUAAUCGACAAAGCUGCCUCUAUUGGUGGUAAUUCUAUUAAGGCAUCCAGUGGUAUCAAUGGUGCUCAUACCACUAUCCAAGAGCAACAACAAAUUGUUGAUUCUCCAGAAUUGUUCUUAAAGGAUACAGUUAAAUCUGCUAAAGGUAAAGGUUCUGAACCAUUAAUGGAUAAACUAUCAAAGGAUUCGCAUUUGGCCAUUGAAUGGUUACAAAGUGAAUUCGACUUGAAAUUAGAUUUAUUAGCUCAACUAGGUGGUCAUUCUGUUCCAAGAACUCACAGAUCGUCUGGUAAACUUCCACCAGGAUUUGAAAUUGUCUCAACUUUAUCUAAAUAUUUAAAGGAUUUAGCGGAAACGAAACCUGAAUUGGUCAAGAUCCAAUUGGAUAGUAAAGUCACUGAUGUCAACAUCGACGGUGAAAGAAAUGUCACUGGUGUUCAAUACCAAGAUAAAGAAGGUAACAAACAUACUAUCGCUACAUCCUAUGUCGUAUUUUGUUCUGGGGGGUUUGGUUUUUCUAAGGAUAUGUUAAAGAGAUAUGCUCCUGAUUUGAUCGAUUUACCAACUACAAAUGGUUCUCAAACUACUGGUGAUGGUCAAAAUAUUUUAGAGAAGUUAGGUGCCGACAUGAUUGAUAUGGACCAGGUUCAAGUUCACCCAACUGGUCUUGUUGAUCCAACUGACCGUUCUGCAGGUUGGAAAUUUUUGGGUGCUGAGGCUCUAAGAGGGUUAGGUGGUAUUUUAUUGAACCCAUCUACAGGUAAGAGAUUUGUUAACGAACUGACUACCAGAGAUAUAGUUACCGCUGCUAUCCAAUCCCAAUGUCCUAAGGACGACAACAGAGCCUAUUUAGUGAUGGGUCAAGGUAUUUAUGAAGUUUUAAAAAACAAUUUGGAUUUCUAUAUGUUCAAGAAAUUAAUUAAGAAGGUUUCCUUGGAAGAUGCCAUAAAGGAAUACAACCUUCCAAUCACUGCUGAGGAGUUUGCCAAGGACUUGACUACUUAUUCUACAGCUGAUAAGGAUGCUUUCGAUCGUCCAUUAGUUACUAAGAACUUUGGCGAUUCUAUUAAAACUUCUACUGAGAUCUUUAUUGGUGAAGUUACACCUGUUGUCCAUUUCACUAUGGGUGGUGCUAAGAUUAAUACUGACUCUGAAGUCGUAAAUAAAGAAGGUAAGCCUUUAGCUAAGGGUCUAUAUGCAGCUGGUGAAGUCUCUGGUGGUGUCCACGGUGCUAAUAGACUUGGUGGUUCUUCUCUAUUGGAAUGUGUCGUCUUCGGUAGAACUGCCGGUAACAGUAUUGCUAACUCGAUCAAAUGUUAG